CGUCGGCACGGUUCAGCCGUAGCACUAGCAGCUAGUUGCGCUGGAAGCACAGCAAUUAAUAGCUCUGAAGCUCCCACACACUUUCCCCAUCUUCGCCCCUCCCCUCGGAGCUCCAUCUCUCUCGCUGGAACAACCGCAAUGUCCGCCGAACACACCGGCCCACCGGGCCUUCCUAAAGGUCGAAAAGCCCAGCAAGAUCCAACGUCGACCGGCAGUCACACCCAGCGUUCAGGUUCUCCAACAUCCUCAAAUUGAAACCGCAACGGGUAUCCGGCGCCCCCAAAAACGUGGAAAUCAGCGACGACGGACUCUCCUAUGUUAUCGACGGUGCCCCGUUGUUCUAGUACUGUUACACGGAGACCCCCAAGGAUCUUGUUCCAUGCACAUUGAUUUCGUUUGAAUAUGAGCACAUACUUAUGUGGAGAGGACCAAAUUGGAAGUCAUCUAGCCAGAUCUAGGAGAUGAUCGCAAGGAAUCCAAUAAAAAUUACGAACCACUGCCAUCAGAGGCCCUAGAAUUCUCAGCACUGGGCCUACAGAUGAACCCAGUAGAGCAUGAAAGCAAUUUAUUACAUGACACUAGCAUUUCCUCUAUUUCAAGUGAAGGUUGAGGUGUCAUAUCCCAAUGAAAAUAGCCAUCAAUCUAUGUAUGGGGUUACUGAAGUUCCUUCACUUACAAAACUCUAUGAAGUUGAAACCACAAACAAUUCCACAAACUCCUAUGCUGAUCCAGAACCUCGCACAAGCCUCAGUCCAAGUAUGACCAUACCACACUAUAAUAGCCAUGCUGAAAGCCCCUCGAAAGCUAUGAGUGAAAGUCAUGGAACUGAGCAUAUAAUGGAUAGCAGAAACUGCAGUGAUGGUCUUUCUGCUUCAAUUUCAGGAUCUCAUGCAACGCUAGAUGGUAGUGACAAUUCUACUGAUGGCAUGGUGGAUUCUCAUUCUGAUAAGUUGCUAGAUGCUUUAGGAGAUGUCAGUCCGCCACCAAGGUCAGUUGCUCCCUCUAUGAAAGCAAUUUUGUUACUGUUGGAACAAGCUGUUGAGAAAGGCAGUGCACUUGUUUUAGAUAAGGAUUCUUUGGAUGCAGACAAUAUUUAUCAAAACACGGUUGCCUUUGCCAAAUCAGCUUCAUCCGGACCAGUUUUUAGGAAAAACAGAAAGGCUGAGGCUCAAAAGAGUCACAAGCAAGAAGGUUCAACUUUGGAGACUGAAGAAACUACCACUGUUCCCAUGAAACGGAAAAAGGAGAACAGUACUAAAAUUCCUAGACAAGCAAAUUUUGAUGACCAAUUACUGAAUGUUGUACCACAAGGAACAUUAGGAGUUGAUGAACUUGCUAAACUUUUAACAUGAUAUUGGAUGAUUUUAUCAGAAGUUCUAGUGUAAUUUUACUUGGUGGUGAGGAUCAACCAGCGACGUCCGAGUUGGGGAAGUGGAGGGCUUGGAGGAAGGCGCCAGACUGGCGGAGGGGGCUGUUAUAGCGGAGGUCAACUUGGAUCCGGGCAAAGAGGAUGUCCAUUAUUUUUUAUCCAUUUUGUUUAAGUUUUUUCUGAUUUAUUGUUACUGCUAAAGUGGUAGAUUCUGGUGUUUGUAAAUUUUUUCUGAUUUAUUUUUUAUGUAAAUUACAUUCUUUUGUUGUUUCCAGAACAAUUUUCUUAAUUUUUAAAUGCUAAGACAUCAAAAGUGGUA